GUUGACAUGUUUGUCGAUUGUCAAGCUAAUGAAAUUAGUAGCCAUUUUACCGUUGCUGUGUGCUCUCCUCACAUUUUUGUUUAAUAACUAACAUUAUUACCAACUACUAUUUGGUAUAUCCACGCAAUUCAAAUACGAAAAUGAUUAUUUAAGAGGGAAACACCGAAGGCGAAAUAAGAUUCCAGAAAAUUAUUUCGAGUUUCAAAACAAUUUUGUCAAUUUUAUUCGUCCACUUCUCUUGGUUUUGUGUCGUGUCGGUCGUGUCUAGUAAAGAAGCAAAAAAAUGCCCAGUGCUAAAAUGUCUAAAUUUGAAGAAUUAAGAGAGAUUAAGAAAAUACUUGAGAAAGGAAUUAAAACGAUCGACCGUUGGCUGAAUAAUGAAGAAAUUGGUUCCAGAGUCAUAUAUGCUGUGAAUUUAACACUCAUGAGAGAAGAUCUCACGAAGAAAUUAAAAAAAACCAACAAACUGUUGAUUCAAAUAGCAAAACGUAUCAAGAAAGAGAUCACUGAUGAUGAUGAUGAUGAUGAUGAUAAUAUGUCGAACGCAUCGUAUGACAACAUCUCUCAAGAAGACACUAGUGAAAUCUGCAACGGCUUCAAUGCAUCAUCAGCAACAGAUGCCAGUGAACAGGAAACUUAUCAGUCAUCAAUGGCCGGCUACGAACAAGACGAUACACUGGAAGAAAUGAGUGAAGGACCUAAGUUUAUCCCUAAGACAGCAAUAGCAGACUAUAAGGCGCCAGUUACAAGCAGCAAUAAAGCUACAGUUUCACGUCGUUCUCCGGCAAAGAAACCUUCGUUGGAAAGCACGAUACGAAGAUCAGAACGCGCGGCGUCGAAGAGGGCGACAGAAGCAAUUCGAAAAUUGUUCGAGAAUAUAUUGCAAAGAACGAGAAAUUUGAAGACAGAGUCUACCGAGGACGAUGAGGACUGGCGACUAGGCGAAUUCGCUUGGAUUAAAUUCAGUGAACGCUCGAAAAACCUUCCCGGAAUCGUUUUGCCAGCAAUGCAUGGAAUCAGAAGGGCUAGAACCAUCACAUUGAAAGGGGUGCUUUCGCUGUACAAAUUCGUCAUAUACAGGUCGAAGUCACGAAUCGACGAUAAGCUGAAAGAUGACAGAUAUAUUACGGCUUUGGCAGAGUUCAACAGCAGAAAUGACUGCAAAUAUAGAUGAAACGGACAUUGGAGCAUUGGAAUUUAUUUGAUCGCAAACCCCUGUGUUGGAACUAGUCGAGAUCAUUGUUGUAAAUAGGAUGUAAAUUUUAGCAUGGCUUUUACUGAGCGUUCCUUGAUAGAAACUCGAAUAAAAUUUUACCCAAAAGACG